CCGGCCCCUGCUGUUUUGCUGCCGCUCGGCCCCGGGCGCAGCGCAGCGCCGGGCCCAGCAGCGGGCUCUGCGGCCGGGGAGGCCGGCGGUUAAUCUGAGGCUGGACAUCGGAAUAUAAUGGAUAUGGGUAACCAACACCCAUCCAUAAAACGGUUACAUGAAAUACAGAAAGAAGUCAAAGAAAUUGAGCAGCAAGUGCUUGUCUUCAGUGGUCUGCCUACAGAUCGGGAUUACAAGAAAUUAGAAAGGAGUCUUACGAAGCAGCUUUUUGAAAUAGAUUCUGUAGACACCGAAGGGAAGGGGGAUAUUCAGCAAGCCAGAAAGCGAGCUGCUCAGGAAACUGAGAGGCUGCUGAAGGAACUGGAGCAAAACGCAAACCAUCCGCGCAGACUGGAAAUAGAGGCUAUAUUCAAGGAGGCACAGGCACUUGUGGAACGUGAGAUCACACCUUUUUACAAAGGAGGUAACUGUAUAAGUGACGAGUUUGAAGAAGGUAUCCAGGACAUUGUGUUGAGGCUUACCCAGGUGAAAACUGGAGGGAAAGUUUCUUUACGCAAGGCCAGAUACCGCACUCUGACGAAGAUAUGUGCUGUCCAGGAGAUUAUAGAAAGCUGUGUAAAGCAACAGCUGUCCCUGCCACUCUCUAAUGAUGCACAUCCUUCUGUCUCCAAAAUUAACUCUGUAAUGUGUGAUGUGAACAAAGCAAGAGGAACUCUUAUUGCGCUUCUAAUGGGAGUGAGUAGUAAUGAUACCUGCAGGCAUCUAUCCUGUGUGCUGACGGGUCUCAUUGCUGAUUUGGAUGCUUUAGAUGUCUGUGGUCGCACUGAAAUAAGAAAUUACAGAAAGGAAGUAGUGGAAGAGAUCAAUAGGUUGCAGAAAUACCUGGACUUGGAAGAAGAAGCAAAUUCUACUCAUGCUUAUGAUUUGGCACAGAAUCAGUCCAUUCUAAAAAUAGAAGAGAUCCGCAAGAAAAUGAAGGAAAUUAAUUCUUUACUUUUAAAAACAGAGAAUGCUUCUGAUUUGUAUUUGGGAUCCAAAGCAGAAUUGCAGGGAUUAAUUGCCCGCUUGGAUGAGGUGAGUCUAGGGAAAAACCCCUGCAUUAGAGAAGCCAGGAGAAGAGCAGUAAUAGAAGUUCAAACUCUUAUAACCUAUAUUGAUUUGAAGGAAGCACUUGAAAAAAGGAAGAUGUAUCCUGAGCAAACAGCUGCCGAACAUCAGUCUCAUAAAGCAGUUUGGACUGUUCUUGGAAACCUGUCUCAAAUUCAGCGGGAGGUGAUUUCAUUUGAUGGAAACAGAACGGAUAAAAAUUACAUGAGACUGGAAGAACUUCUUACAAAACAACUUCUGGCACUUGAUGCUGUUGAUCCACAAGGUGAAGAGCGGUGUAAGGCUGCCAGAAAGCAAGCAGUAAAGCUUGCACAGAAUAUUCUUUACUAUCUGGACAUGAAAACAGAUGAAUGGGAGUACUGAAACAGCCGUGGCCUAGGACAGAAGAGCAUUUUUUCCUUUGGCAAUUUGUGCAGAUUGUUGGCUGCACAUAAUAAAAGCGGUGUGUUCUGUGCUGGCUCAAAUCACGGAGAUUACAUAAGCAGUUGACUUGGCUAUAUGUCUGCUGUCCCACGCAGUCAUCCACUUGCCAUGGCAACUGUCAGGACUCCAUCAGCAACUCUGGUCAUUGCUAUAAGCAGAGAAGUGUUUUUUUUUCUGAAGGAAUAGCUUAAUACUUGAUUGAGCAGCUUCUUUUCCUGUUUUAAUAACCUUGUGCAAUGUUCAGUGAAUGCAAGUUUUUCAAAGAUCCAGAAACUUCCUGAUGGUACAGUACUGGCAAAACUAUUUAAAGAAGAUUGGACAUGAAAAUUAGUACUCGAGCAUGAGGCUUCAUCCAGCAACUUCAUGGCAGUCUGGAUAUUCUCUUAAUGUGCUGUUACGACAGAAAGUAUUAAGGGAAAAAAACCUUCUGGCUUUUUAGUUGCACUUGAUUUGUUCCACCCAUCACACUUUUCUGGGUGUUUAGAUUUCUCAGCUAAUGGAGCUAUGAAGCCAACGACAAAUUAGCAUUUACGCAGGCAAAGCUAGUUACGACUAUUUUUUGUAAUACCUUAGCCCACUGAUUUGCAAAAACAGGUUUUUUGUUGGUGGAAAUGCUUUCAGAUUACUGCUUUAAGGUACUGAGACAUGGAGAGGAAAAGCUGUAAAUGUAUGCUGACCAGAUGAAGGGGUUUUUGAGGAUUUCACACUGCCAUCCAUAAACCCCUGAAAGCUGCACUGAACUUUUUGUGGCUGCUUAGGUGUCUUUUUAAACUCUGUUGUUAGAUCUGGUUUUGCCUUGUCUUUUCACAUUUGGUGAAAACAGAAACAAGAUUCACUUUAAAUUGAAUGAGCAUUUUGGAACUAUUUUUGCAAAAUUAAAUAGCUAGCUAUAAAGAUGUCCCUGAUGGUGUAAACGUAUGUUACAUAUUUCAUACCAGUCAGGUGUGGCUUCAAGAAUGUCUUGGAAAAGACUUGUGGCAAAUGUCUCUCCUCGCAACUUGUCGCUUAAUUGUUCAGUAACUUCAUAAAUAAGCUGCUUGUAUUGUUGUAUGCACCUACCUUUUUAUUUGUGGCUGCUAGUGCCAAUCACAUUUCUACUCUGGCAUGUUUUUUUGAGAGCAUGGCAUUCAAAUUAAUUUUAAAGAUAUAUUUAAUUAUUGAUACUUUGUACUUAGCUCCUUUGUGUUGAAUUAAUUAUUGUUCCAUAGAUUAUUAUUUGCAUCACUUUAAGGAGUAAAAAACAUUUCAGAUGUUAAAUAUUUUUAGAUCUAUUUUUGACUGAGUAGAGAAGAAGUUUGUGAGAGACAAGUGCCUUCAUGACACCACUAACUUGCAUGUGUCAUGUGUAGAUGCAGGAAAUGUUUCCUGGCAGCUUGAUAUAUUUGUAUUCUUUGCAGACUGGAUUUCUCACAUGUAUAUAAUUUACUAUAAUAUAUAUCAAAUUAACAUAAUAAAAUAGGUGACAGAUGUUCUACAGAGUCCUGAGAAUGAGUAUCAAAUCUGGGAAAUGUGGAUUCUGCUUAAAAAAAACGCAUUGAUGUGGAGACAGGGCAUUUUGGGCAGGUUUUCUGUGCAUAUUGCUACAAGGAGAGAGUGUUUGCUCCAUAGCACGCUUUGAGAUGUUGAUGAAAGGCUGUGCAACUUCAGAGUGUGAAUAUACUUUGUUUCUGAUUGUACAGGUGGUUGCUUUGCAAUUUUACUUGCCAAAAAAGACCUAGUUUUUCAAUUAAGGUACAGUGCCUAAGGCACAAUUUGGCAGUGGCAGAAUGUUUGUCAGAGAAUUCUCUCUGCUCCUUCGAAACUAUAACCCUGUUGAAUCUAUCUCUCCUUCCUCAAAAAAGAAAAAAUAAUUUCCCCUAGUUAAAAAUCCAGUCUGUGUUUAUAUGUAAUGUGGCAAACACAGAACAUUAAUAAUGUUGUACACCUGAGUUAUUUACUCCUUUCAGGCUUUCUACACAUUUGAACUGCACCUUCUGAUUUGCACUUAGAUUUUUAGGAAAUACAGAUCUUUGAUAGUGUAAAGAUACUAUUGAUUUUUCUUUACUAUUACUGUCAGGUCUGCAGUGGUUACUUGUAGAUUGUUUAAUAAUUUCGUGUUCUUGGGAGGUUACAUGUAACUUUAUAAAUGUUUGAACCUCUUACUAAGAAUGUGUAAGUAUUGUUUUCAAAUCAGAUUGUUAAGCCUGCACCUCUAAGGAGGCAAAUGUAUAAGGUCAGUGCAUUUUUAAUAACUGAGUAGAGUUCAGUAGCAAGAUACUGUGUAAAUUAAGCUUUUCUCCAUUGUUCUGUCAUCUCAUAAAAUUACUAUUUAAAUUUUCCUGUAAAAUCCUCAUCUGGAAUGGGAUUCAUUCAGAUUUUUUUGCAUGAAUGGAAAUAAUACGCUAAAUAUGCUUAACCAAAAAUUAAUGCACAGAUUUCUCAAAAAUCUUGCUUUUGUGCUGAAGAAUGUAAUUUCUCUUAUUUUUUUUUAAUAUCCAAAGAUUGUGGGGGACACAACUUUUCUUUCCGAAACAGCAGGCUAAAAUAAUCAGAAAAUGUAAAUGGACCAAACUAGAAAAGCCUGCAUUUUAGUACUGUACUGAAAUAGAAUAACUUCUUACGUGUGCUGUGUAAUCUACCUUCGAGCAAAAUAAAUGAUUGGAUAUAUGGGGGAGAGGUAAUCGUACAUUGUGAUUCCUAAUUGUUAAUUGUAUUUCUUUUAAAACUAGAUUUAAUUAGUUACCUCAGUGUUUGGUUUUGUUGUUUACAAUCAGUGGUUUUUCUAUGUCACCAGUUAAGAGAUUUUUAUUAAGUAUUGUUCCUGCUUUUUCAGUUUAACAGAAGUCAGUGUACAUGCUCCUUACAGUCUGUAUGUCUUGAUUUGUUGCUGUGUAGGAUAUGGCAUUUGUAUAUACAAGUUCAGGAUGAAGUAUUGCAGUGUUAUAUUCUUGAUUAUUAAUAAAACAAACAUUGAUACCUUUUA